AAUGUUUGUGUGUUCACGGAAAAUGUGACAACCAGAUAGACGGUGAUGGGAGUUGCCUUCCUGGCACAUGUAAAAGUGGCUAUGCUGGAGAUCUCUGUGAUGCACGGGUGAUGCCAUGCGGGCCUUUUUUUCAGUUUUGUGAUGUGCAGGCUGAUUGCAUUUUGAGGAAUGGUACCAUGAGCUGUGUUUGCAAACCUGGCUUUGAAGGAGAUGGGAUAAUUUGCAGUGAAGUUGAUCCUUGUGCUCAUAUAAAUCCACAUAGUUGCAAUGCUAAUGCAGACUGCAUCAAGACUGGUCCUGGAACUCAUGAGUGUAUAUGCCAACCAGGAUGGACAGGAAAUGGAAGAGAUUGUUCCGAAAUAAACAAUUGCCUGCUGUCAUCUUUUGGAGGGUGUCACACUAAUGCUACUUGCCAAUACAUAGGUCCAGGCCAAAAUGAUUGUGAAUGUAAGGAAGGAUUCCAGGGCAAUGGAUAUGAAUGUGAACCAAUAAACUACUGUUUGGAACAAAACUGGAUAUGCCAUCCUUUGGCAGUUUGUCAGCUCACAAUGUCUGGAGUCUGGAAGUGUGUGUGUUCAAGGGGAUAUGAAGGAGAUGGCAGUAUAUGCUAUGGCAACAUUAUGGAUGAAUUGACUUCUCUGUCAGGCACAGCUGGCUUUCAUGAAUGGUUUAAUACAUCUCCAAUAAGAACUCUGCUGACAGAUAUGAGCAAUAUAACUAUUCUGGCACCUUCUCAGCAAGCUAUUCAAAACUUGGAUCAAUAUACAGCUGCUUUUUGGACAUCCCAAGACAACAUUCUGUUCCUAACCAAGCAUCACAUAUUAAAUGGAACAUACAGAGUUGAGGAUCUUCAAACCAUGACACAGUCUAAUGCAUUUGCAAGGACAUUGCAGGACAAUUUCCUAACAUUGUCGGAAAGAGAUGGGAAUGUUUUAAUUGAUGGAGCUAACAUAAUAUCUGGUGAUAUUGCAGCCACAAAUGGGAUUAUUCAUAUAAUAGAUAAGGUUCUAGCCCCUCUUAGAGGACUGAGUGGCUCUUUGCCAAAACUGCUUCCUCGCUUAGAACAGAUGCCGGACUACUCCAUUUUCAGGAACUAUAUCAUUCACUACAAUCUGGCAAAUGUAAUAGAAGCCUCUCCCAUGUACUCGGUUUUCGCUCCAAGUAAUAACGCCAUUGAAAGUUACCUGAAGGAAAAACAGUCAGCAUCUCUAGAUGAAGAUCAGAUCCGGUAUCAUAUUAUCCUGGGAGAGAAGCUCUUGAAAAAUGACCUGCAUAAUGGAAUGUUCAAGACAACCAUGCUUGGAUUGUCCUUCAGAGUAGGAUUCUUCAAUCAUGAUGAUCAGCUCUACAUAAACGAGGCACCUAUAAAUUACCCAAAUGUUGCAACAGAUAAAGGAAUAAUCCAUGGACUGGGAAAAGUAAUGGAAAUUGUAAAGAACAGAUGUGAUAUUAAUGAUACUGUGAUUGUAAAUGGAAAGUGUGUACCCUGCUCACAGAUAUCUAGCUGUCCUACUGGAAGUACAAAAAUUCCAGGCAAGAAGGGGAUCUGCUAUUAUGUCUCCUUGUAUGGAACAUCGAUGCGUCUGGGAUGCCAGUCAAAAUGUACUAAAAGUAGAAUUACUAGAGAAUGUUGUGCAGGCUUUUAUGGCCCACAAUGUGAGUCUUGCCCAGGAUUAUCUGGAAAAAUAUGUUUUGGCAAUGGGAUUUGCUUGGAUGGCGUCAAUGGCACUGGGUCUUGCCAAUGUGAAAAAGGAUUCAAGGGAGUGGCCUGUGAGCAAUGUUCUGAAGGCAAAUAUGGCACAAACUGUGACCAAGACUGUGCCUGCACCAAUGGGAGGUGCAACAGUGGUAUUAAAGGAGAUGGGACCUGCGAAUGUGAUGUUGGUUGGAGAGGUGUCAAAUGUGACAGUGAAAUCAGAGAUGAUAAGUGCAACAAUACCUGCCACACCAGUGCCAACUGUUUUCUUAAUCCAAUUGGUCCACCAUAUUGCAAGUGUGCAGCUGGGUUUAAAGGGAAUGGUACAUAUUGUUCAGCUAUUAAUGCAUGUGAGAACAACAAUGGGGGUUGCUCUACCAAAGCAGAAUGUAGACGUACCACUCCAGGAAAACGAGUAUGUGCUUGCAAGACAGGUUACUCUGGAGAUGGAAUUGCCUGCUUUGAAAUUAACCCCUGCCUUGAGAAGAAUGGAGGAUGUGCUAAAAAUGCAGAGUGCAUUCACACUGGACCCAACAAGGCAACAUGUAACUGUUUCACUGGAUAUUCUGGAGAUGGGAAAACAUGCACUUACAUCAGUCCCUGUACACUGAAUAAUGGUGGAUGUGGAGAAAAUGCCAUUUGCAAUGAUACGUUACCGUCAGAAAGGAUUUGCAGCUGUAAACCCAAUUUCAUUGGAGAUGGGUUUCUUUGCCGAGGUAGCAUCUCACUGAACACGGUCUUUUUGAAUGGCAAAGCAAAGAUAUUGGCCAGUGAUAUAAUCACCACCAAUGGGGUAAUCCAUAUCAUAGAUAAGGUCCUGGCUCCACAGAAGACUCAAGAAUUUCCUUUGGGAAAAGGAAAACCAGUAAAGGAAAACCUCAAAACUGUCGCAGCAAGCAAUGAAUACAUCAUGUUCUACAACCUAAUAGAAAAGUCAGGACUGAUAAAUCUUAUUAAUGAUCCUCUUCAUCAGCCAGUCACUUUGUUCUGGCCCACUGACAAAGUAAUCAGAGCUCUGCCAAAGGAACAGCAAGACGAACUAUUCAAAAUGUCAAACAAAGAGAAACUGCUACAAUACUUGAAAUUCCAUGUUAUUGGGAACGCUAAGAUUUUAGCUUUUGCCCUUCCAAGCUCAGAUUCACUGAAAACACUUCAAGGUUCAGAUCUGAGUGUGAAAUGUGGUGAUGGUGACACCAAUACUGGUGAAUUGUUCCUUAAUGAAAGGAGAUGCAAGAUAAUACAAAGGCAGCUGGAGUUUGAUGAUGGCAUUGCUUAUGGGAUUGAUUGCAUGUUAACUGAUCCCUCCCUUGGUGGUCGUUGUGACACUUUUAUGACAACUGAAUUUCCGGGAGAUUGUGUCAACUGUUUCAGGAAUUAUCAGUGUCCUGGUGGAAGUAAAGUAACGGGAGACAAGCAGCAAUGUGAAUAUACCAUCGGCCACAGGAUCCUGUCGGGCUGUCGGAGAAGUUGCUCUAUGGCAAUGAGAAUACCACAGUGCUGCAAAGGAUUCUUUGGAAAUAAAUGCCAAGCUUGCCCAGGAGGUCCAGAAGCUCCUUGCAAUAACCAUGGAUACUGUGAUGAAGGCUAUGCUGGCACAGGAGAAUGCAUGUGUAAUGCUGCAUUCAAUGGGACUGCAUGUGAGCUCUGUAUGCCAGGAAGAUAUGGUUUGGAAUGCAAAAAUUGCGAUUGUACAGCACAUGGACAGUGUGAUGAAGGGAUUUCUGGAUCAGGACAUUGUUUCUGUGAAACUGGAUGGACUGGACAGUUCUGUGAAACAAAAUUAGCUUCAACCCCAGUAUGCUCACCCAGCUGUUCUGUCAAUGCAGUAUGUAGUGCUGAUGGUACUUGUCAGUGUAAGCCUUAUUAUACUGGGGAUGGACUUACAUGUACAGCUGAGAAGCUUUGUAAGAAAAACAACGGUGGAUGUCACAAGAAUGCAAAAUGUGUACAAACUGAUGUGAAAGUCAACUGUACAUGUCAGAAAGGAUACCAAGGAGAUGGCUAUACCUGCACUGGUAUCAACCCUUGUACAGAUGGACUCAAUGGUGGAUGUCACGAACAUGCUGUCUGUACAAUGACAGGACCAGAUAAGCGUAAAUGUGAAUGUAAACAGAACUACAUUGGGGAUGGAAUUGAUUGUGAAGUAAAUCAACUGCCAAUAGACAGAUGUUCACAGGACAAUGGACAAUGCCAUGCAGAUGCUAAUUGUGCCGACCUCCAUUUCCAGGAUGCUACAGUUGGUGUUUUUCACGUACGGUCUGCCAAAGGGCAGUAUAAAUUGACUUUUGCUGAUGCAAAUAAGACUUGUGAAGAUGAAAGUGCUACAGUAGCUACGUACACUCAGCUCUUAUAUGCUCAAAAGGCCAAAUAUCAUCUGUGUGCGGCUGGUUGGCUGGCUAAAGGAAGAGUCGCAUAUCCAACAGCUUUCUCUGCCCCAAAAUGUGGUGGAGGAGUUGUUGGCAUUAUUGAUUACGGAAUCAGAGUCAACAUGACUGAAACCUGGGAUGUUUUCUGUUACCGAGUCAAAGAUGUCAAUUGCACUUGUAAGACUGGUUAUGUGGGAGAUGGAUUUACAUGCAGUGGAAACUUGCUUCAAGUCCUCUUUACUUUCCCAACACUUACAAACUUUCUCUCGAUGAUUUCCACUUAUUCAAAUACCUCAAGAAAAGGCCAAGAGUUCAUGAAAUACCUCACAAAUCUCUCCAUUAAAGCAACCUUGUUUGUACCAAGCAAUGAUGGCUUGAGGAAGAACGAGACACUCUCUGGAAGAGACAUUGAGUAUCAUCUAACCAAGAACAGCACAUAUUAUGAAGAUUUGGUCAAUGGAACAACUCUCCAAAGCAGAAUAGGGGAAAAACUGUUAAUUACACACCAAGAAGAAAACCAGGAGCAGAUUUCACUCACUAAAAAGAUGACUACCAAGUAUGUGAAUGGUAAAGCUAUCCGUGAGUGGGACAUUAUUGCCUCCAAUGGGGUCAUUCAUGUUAUUGAAGCAUCACUAAAGGCACCUCCUGAAACUGCUUCUCUACAUCCUGGAGCUGGCACAGGAAUAUUCUUUGCAAUCAUUCUGGUCAUUGGAAUAAUUGCUUUGAUUGGAUACUCAUACUUCAGAUUUAAGAACCGAACUAUUCAAUUUCAACUUUUCAGGGAAAAAGAUGAUAUUGAUGUAACUACAUUGGACAAAGCACCAUCAAGCAACAUCUCAAAUCCCAAUUAUGAAAACUCAUCAGCUCCUCCAUCAGAUCCUCCUUAUGAUCCAUUUUUGGUUUCCGAUGACCAGAAGUUGGUGAGCAGUGAUUCCCACAAUGAUUUCUAAUAGCUAUUUCUUCUUCACUGGAGAAAUCAUUUUCUUACUGAAUAAUUAAAAUACAAGGCGACAUACGUGGUUCAAGGAAGGGCCAUUGAAGAACAUAAUUCCUAAGAAAAUUCCUAAGAAACAACGUUGUUUAAUUUCGUUAGAAAAUAAUUCUAUCAUUUUAGUUAUGCAGAUCCUAAUAUCACUGUUUUCAUUUUUGCUCUCUUCCAUGUAUUCCAGAAGUAAUAAAUGUUACAAAAUAGCAUUUCAUUUUGUAAAAGAUUGGGGCAUAGCUAUGCUGUUUGGGGUUGCUACAAACUUGUCAUUAAAGGAAUGAUAUUCUUUUUUUUAAAAAAUGAUUUUUUAAAAUGAUUUACUGUAUAUUACACAAGCAGAUAGCAUUAUAAUUUCCAGAUAUUUUUUUAAAUCACACAUUUGUAAUUUGUGUUUUAACACAAAUGAAUAGUAGAAAGGUUGGAUAAGCUGCUCUUAAAUGUAUUAAAGGCUAUCUUUUAUAAUAGUACAGUCUUAAUUGUAAGAUUUUUUUAUGAGAGAUUUGAAUAGAACGUGUUUUCACGUUUCCACAUACAUCCAUGCAACCUUACCCUAACCAUAACUCUUCCAUCACACCCAUAUAGUACACUAAUUCUUAUGUCUUAUUCUUUUUAACACUUUUUAUCCUCAAAAAGAAAGAAGUAAAGAGGCUCAUAUCAUCUUCUUGUUUGAACAGAUUCUCAUUCAAAGACCAUGCCAAUAUAUUGUACUCAUUUUAUAUUCAAUCCUCUUUCCUUUUUCAACUUCAUUCUUGACUCUAUGUCUUCUGGUUUUACCACACAAAUAUAACAUUUGUUUUUUCCUGCCAUAGGAAACUUCUCAGUUCAAUAUAAAAAAAUGAACAGAAGCAUGUGCAUAGACACCAUUAUGGCUUCUUCUAAUGAAUAUUAAUUUCUUGCAGUAAAUCACAGAUUAGCAAUUAUAUAUUUGCUAGUACUUACUAAGUAUCACUCCAUUCUCCUACCUUUAAAAACAUUAUACCAAGGUAGACAAGUUCAUCUACUUAUUCUAACAUUAAUCUUGAUGAAUAAUACACACUGUAUGUGUAGAAGCACUUUAUAUUCUUUCAACGAAUCCAAAACUCAAAUUCUUUUAAUCAUUUUUAAAGAACAUUUUACCCAAUAUUAAACAAAAUUAACAUAUUGUGCUACCAAGAAGAAUAGUUUUCUCCCAACAAUUACUACUUCAAAGUCUUUUGUUAUAAGCUUUGAGAAGCGUCUCAUCCAUUAUACUUACAUUAACAUCUUAUUUUUGAUAGCAAAACUACAUUAGCAGCAUUGGUUAGAGAAAUUAAAACAUGUAUUACGUGUUCAUCAUAAGUCAUCCUUCAAAGCAGCAAUUUAAAGAAGCAUGUUUGCAUCCAGUCUACUUGUAGAAUUUUUUAACUAAUAUUUGUAGAACUCACUCAUAUUUGCUUUUGGUACUUUAUUGAAAUAGACACUAAUUAUCAAAACCAUCAGCUAUAAAUUCAAUUUACAUAUUCCCCAGAUAUUUCCUUCAAAUACACAAUGUUUUCACUGGUCUUCUCCCUCCCCUUCCACCAACCAGCUUUCUACCUUAAAACCUUGCACUGACUUCCAUCCUAAUUACAAUAAAUGCUAAUAAAAUAUUUAUUAGUUUGUAAGUUAACAAUGCUGUAUUAUUAGAAAAUUAUUUUUGUAUGUAUGAAAAUAUUUUUCCAAUAACAAGUUUCAGCUUAAGAAUCAGAUGUUUUCCUUGUUGGCUUCUAACUAUUGACAAAUGAACUUGUCUCACUUUUGAUAUUCAGGUGGAGCAUACUGACAAAAGUCUACAGCAAGCAAAGUAAUUGCAAAUGAGAAAUUUCAGAAUUUAAGUGUGCUUUAAAAUUUCAAAAUUACACCAGAAUAAGGACACAAAACAUAACAUUCUCUUAAAAUAUUUUGCAGCUGUGUAUGCAAAGGCUCUCCACAGUCACUUUUCAUGCAUAUUUUUUUUACAAUAUUUGUCAUUUUAAAAAACCAGUAGCAGCAAUUAGUACUUUACACAAAGAAAUAAAAUUUUAUUCUGAAGUAAAAGAACCCUUCUUUAAAGCAGUCCUCAAAAUGUUGAGUAUGUUGAGUAGGAAUGCUUACAAUUAAUAGGCUCACAGGACUUGAUAGCAUAGUCUGAUACAAAAACAGCUACAGAAGCUUCAGAAGAUUUCACACACUAUGCCUAAUUUUCAGAAUCUGUGCUAAUUUGACUUGUUAAUAUUGUGAACAAAUAUCAUUCAGAAGAUCUAGGACUGAUGCAUACCGUUCAAAUAAUGUCAAGCUAUGAGCUACUAGUUUGUGCCUAAUUCUGUUAUUUGGGAUUUCCACUUAGUGUUUUAUCAUUAGUUAAAACAAUUAAGUGACAAGAUAUAAAGGUAAACUAUUUUGAUGAGCAAUGAUUCCAUUAGGUAUUUUUCUUCCCUUCAGUCAAUCAAAAUCAUCCAUUCCGCAUCAAUAUCUUUCUAUGUCUACAUUGUGUAACACUGCAACAGCACUGUGUGGUCAGCUCAAGUUCCUCAAUAAAUAACAUGAUCAUGGAAUUUUACAAAAGGUAUCAAAAAAGCAGAGACAAUCUAUGAAAACCUUCCACUCAAAAUGGAGCUUUGGGGGAGAAAUAUGGCUUGGCUGGUUGAAUCUAUGAAAAGCCUAUGGAG